UGGUGUGUUGAUGGUCUGAGCCGCUCCCCUAACGUCAAUGAGCCAUCACCCUCCCUGGUGAUGUCAGAGAGGCCUCAGCGCUCCGACUGGAUUGGCUGGGUCUGGCUCUCAGGGGUUGGCUCUGAGGAAAGGUGAAUGUGCAAGGAAGCAGCUGUGGAGAGGUGUGUGUGGUGUGUGUGUGUGUGUGUGCAGAGUCAGAGUGUCUGCAAGCAGGCACAGACAGUUGGGCUCUGCUCCGGCAGAGGAGUUCUCCUUCCUUCAGCAACUGAUCAAGACAAGCAGGCAGCAGGGUCUGGAUAGUGGAUACUUUGGAAAGGGACCCUGGCUUUCCCUAUUCCUGAGGAGUGGAGCCACAAGAAGGCAGCAGGAGAAGGAAGCAAAAAGGGUGGGAGGAGUUGUGCAAUUUGAUUUCAUUUUCCUGACUUACAACUGAGCCUGGGACACCUAAAUCUGAUAUGCCAACUGAAAUCUCUCACACAGAGAGAAUGCAUGCCAUCUCCGGCUUCCAUUCCUCGCUGACAGCCCGACUUCUCAACAAAGGUCCCGAGUACCUUCGCAAACAGAUGGAGGCAGGCAACCCGGGCCGGAAGAGUGCUGUGGAACGACUGGCAGCGGACAAAGCCAAGUAUGUCAAAAGUCAGCAGGUAAUCAGGACUAAGCAUGAACCAGCAGUGGUUACAGCACUCAGCUCGGGUUCAGAGAGCAGCAGCGAGACCUGUUCAGUUGGAAGUAAGAAAGCCAGCAAUGUGGCUGAGGAGAAGAGUGUUGAAUCCCAAGUUAACCCCACCAUGGAUUCUGGCCCUGCUCCCCUCGAGCGUGGUCCUCCCAUCGUGAGGCGUAGCAGUGGCAAGAGACAGAUGAGACCGGACUCCUUAGUAAUCUAUCGCCAGAAGUGUGAGUUUGUGAGAGGUCAAAGCCAGGAGAGCACUCGUGGGAGUUUGGUCAGAAGACUAUUCCAGGGCUCCUUCAAAGAAAAGCAGCUGGUUUCUGAGGCAUCCAAAGCCAUGGUCAAGGAAGAUGUCUCGCCUGAAGUGGACAGGGCUGAAAUGGGCAAAGAGGUGAGUCAGAACCUUGACCUGGCAGGACAGACAGUGCCUCCAAAGACAGGUGCAGCCACGAUUCUCACCAACAGGUGUGAGAAUGCCCCUAGUCUGACUACGGCACCUUAUGAGGUCAAGGAGGUGAGGCUGAAAGGUCUUCAUCGCUCCCAAUCGGACAUUAGUUCUCGGUACUCAAAAUCUUUCUCGGAAUUUGACACCUUCUUUAAAUACUGUGGCCUUGAACCCAAGGUAAUAGAGGACCUUGGCCAGGAGAACUUUUCUGUGGCUUCCGACAACUUCUCCUUUCGGAUCCGCAGCAUCAGCAUGGCCACAUCCGAAAGUGACUUCACGAGGCACAGCGGGGAUGACGGACUCCUGGAAGAAGAACUCACAGAACAGGUUCCUACUGGCACUUCAGUGAUUGAGCGCAAUGCUCGGAUAAUCAAAUGGCUGUACACCUGCAAGAAAGCCAAGGAAGCAAAUGCUGUGCUACAGGAGUUUGCAUGAAGAUGGCUUUCUUUGGAACACAGAGAAGCCAGGUGGAAAUAUUAUUUGAAGGAAAGGAUAAGCUAAACGUAUGGACUCGCCACAACUGUUUCUAGAACUCUGGCUUAAAUUUGCAGGUCGCAUUCCGCAAAACAGCAAUUCCUUGUCGAAGACCAAAAUGCCGCUCAAAGCUAAGGAUCCAGAGCAACUCCUUUAAAAUCAGGCCUGAUCAUGGCUAAAAAGUGCAGAACUGGAAGCUGUCGUUCAUCGUCCUCCAAUUCCUUCACAAUGUCUAAAGACAAUGGGAGUGUUGAUCCACAUUCAGGACAAGCUUUCAAAAAAUGAAGACCAUUUCUUCACCUUGAUAGCAUGUGCACAACUAUGUGUGAGAAAUAUAUGUGUCUAUUUUGUGGUGUGCAUGAUGGGAAACCACUAUCAGAACAUUCCCUGGAAAACCCUCCCCGCUUUUGGGUGGGAUGGGAAACUGCUAUGAUUUGUGCCUUCCCAAUCCAUUUAUACAUGUACAUGACAACUUAGUGCAUGUAUAUAAGUGUAGGCAAAAUAAAUCCUGGUUGAGAUCCUGAUUUUGCUCUUGCCAGCAAAAGGCAGAAAUAUUUGUUCCCCCUAUAAAGAUCUCAACUUUCUAAAAAUGGCUGGCAGAAUGGAUACAGUUAGAUAUACUGCCUAUAUCAGUUCUAUAACAUCCUACUUCAGCUUGGAUCUCUCCAGGGUUUAGGGCAGUUGUUCUCAACCUGUGGGUCUC